AUGCCUACCGUUUUCGAUCUCAAGCAAACAUGUGCCAGCCUCGAGGCUCUUGGAUGCCCUCAACACAAUCAGAAUAUCAUCCUUCAAACUAAGGCGUACAGCAAUCCGAGCAAGGUACUCACUGGACAUGACCUCUUCGUGUACAAGGAGAAGAAAGCCCUGUUGACCUUGAUUAAAAACUACUAA